UCUCUCUAUAUAAACACUUUUAAGGUCAGGAUGUAUCACCAGGGCCGGAUUCUUUCUUUUUGGCUGGUUGCAAUGACUUUGGGCGUCAACGUUAACAAAUGUAGUAAGAAAAAAAGAGGGAGAGUGGCGUACGCAGAGGCGUUUCGCAAGGUCAGGCUCUCAACAUUAAUUGUGGGGAGGCGUCGCCAAUCAUCCCGAAGAAGAAUUUGGGUAACUAAAAGAAGGCUCGUGAACAAAAAAAUGGUCACCAAAUUAAUGCAGUUAAAAAUGGAGAUGGAGGAGAUUAGGGAGCAACAGAGUUUCAUCAAAGAGGGGCAAAGAAAAGUUAAAGAAAGAUUUGAAGCCGUUGAAUCUGAAUGCAGAAAUCUUCAUGCCGAGACGAUGAUCAUUAUGAAACAGAGUGUCUGGUCCAGACUCCGCCUUGGCAUCAUGUUUCAAAUCCUAAAAGCACGAGAGAACAACGAUUUCGCCAAAGCCGCUGAGCUCACUCUUGCUCUACGUGAAUUGAUAGCCCGGCAAAACCAGAAUGAGCAAGCUUUGGAGCCAAGUGCUGGGGCAUCUGGCAAAUAAAACACUCGAGAACAUCUGUGGUCCAAAUGAAAGCAAUGGCGACUGUUGUUUUUCUUCUAUCUUGUGUGUUUAUUGGGAUCAAGUUUGAAGAGUUGCAGACUUUGACAGCUCGCUGCAGUUAGUUAGUUUUCUUCAUGUAAAUUAAGUUCAGGGGCAUGUAUUAGUGGUUUGUAAUCAUGUAAUUUUGAAUCAGUAGUUAUUGGCUAUGUGCUCAUGUUGACCCUUACCAUUUGGUCGUUUUCCCCUUUCUUCGUGUGUUAAAGGGGUAGUUGCUCUUUUUCUUGUAUUUAAGGCUAUUAGGCAUUAUUAAUGAAGUGUGAGCUUUGUUUCAA